AUGAUCAGUGAUCUUGAAGAUUAUGAAGGAAAUAUGAUGGCAGACCAAACUCAAAUAGCUAAUUUUUUUGUGAAUCAUUAUCAGAAGAAAUUUGAAUUUCAAGCUGCUAAUGAUGCUGGUCAAUUACUGAAAGUGAUACCAAAGGUUAUUAAUGAUGAAGAUCAAAAGAAUUUAGAUGUCAUACCUGAAGCAGAAGAGAUAAAGAAUGUAGUAUUUGAAAUGGAUCCAAAGAGUGCUCCUGGUCCAGAUGGUUUUUCAGGUAUCUUCUAUAGAAGUUGUUGGGAUAUAAUAGAACAUGAUCUGGUGGCAGAUGUUCAGUUUUGUUGGAGGAGAAGAUUUAUACCUAGGGGAAUGAAUUCAAGCUUUCUAGUCUUGCUGCUAAAAACACAAGGAGCAAAAUAUUCAAAUCACUUCAGACCAACUGGGUUAAGUAAUGUAGUUUUUAAAAUUUUUACAAAAGUGAUCACUAAGAGAAUGAAUGUUCUCAUGGAUAAACUAAUAUCACCUUCGCAUGUUGCUUAUAUAAAGGGGAGAAGCAUUCAUGAACUAGUUUUGCUUGCAUCUGAAUUAGUAAAUGAAAUGAAAGUUAAAAAAAGAGGAGGAAAUGUUGGUAUUAAGCUUGAUAUCUCACAAGCUUAUGAUUCAGUCAGCUGGGACUUCCUUAUCAAAGUUUUACUGAAAUAUGGCUUCUCUGCUUCUUGGUGUGAGUGGUUGCUUAUACUUUUCAAGUCAGCAAGAAUUUAUGUGAUGGUUAAUGGUGGUCCUUGUGGUUUCUUUUCAGUAGAAAGGGGAUUGAGAUAA